UGGCACUGGUGAUCAAGAUGGCGGCCGCUGCACGAGGCCGUGGUCGAGGCAGAGGUGGAUUUGGAGUACCAAAGCCGGGCAAACCGGGAGAAAAAUCUGAGCAGCAAGCUGAUAUUUCAACAGAAAAAUCGUCUAAUGAAUUUGAUUUGACAAAGGUGCUGAAUGAUCUAGGGGAAAACACUUUGGACACACAAGUUAAGGAAAUUUCUCACCACAUAUCACAAUCUAGUUCAUCGACGAAACUCAAGGACGUCGUUGAUCAUUUAAUUCAGCGGACGAUCAAGAAGAGCUAUUUUGCACCUCUAGCUGCCAAAGUAGCCAACAAGCUUUGCUCCGAUGAAUCAUUUGGAAUUGCAUUUAGAGGCGAUCUGUUGAAAUCUACUCAAGAACAGUACAAGAAGAGAGAAAGUAUUCGUGCGAACUCCACAAGCGAAUGGAUCGGGCUAGCGUGUUUUAUUUGCGAACUUUUUCGUCAUCUUCGAACUGGUGAGGCUCCGUUAAGACCCCUAGCAGCAGCGGUACACCAGACGUUGAGUGAGCUAUUAUCGAGCGAAGGACAGAACGACAAUAAUGAUGAAGAGCUCGAAGAAGAUGAAAUAGACUGUUUUUAUGAGAAUUUUAAAGGUGUAGGAUUUCUUUUGGAGACCGUUAAUCAGGUAGGUAAAAGCAGGGUUGUGUUAGCUUUCAAACCGCCAAGAGUGACCCGCACUCAAUUUCUCUUUACUUUAUCAAAGCUGAAUCAAACAUUUAGGAAGCUGGCAUUGGGGCCUAUUAGAAGCCGCAAAACUGUAGAAAAAAAUCAUCCAAAACCGAAAAACCGAAAAAAAAAAUUCUAUCAAAACGGAAAACCACAUGCAAAAAUGUAAAAACUGUUACAUUUUCAAUCCCAGUUAUUAAAACCGUGGUUGAUCUGAUUUAGACUGGUGACAAGUGGAGCAUACAGUGUAAACUACACUAAUUUCAUUACAGGAUUUAUGAAUGCCAUGGACUUGGCAUUCGUAUCUUCUAGUAUCUGCUUAAAUUAACAGCUGCUCUCUUCAGGACCUUGAGCAUGGUCUCUGCAGACUCAGCAGCUGGUAAUGGAGCCUAGUUAAAUUAAGGAAAUUCACACUAAAGACCUUCAUAGGAUUGCAAUUUUGCAGUCGCAGAAAGCUAUAGCUCUGGAAAGUUUUAUCAAAAAUCCCAUAUCUAACAUUUCCAUUUACGAACUAAGACCUGAAAGUUUGGAGAUGUAAUUGGAAUGUUGAAUCAAUCGGUCACAUGUGGCCUGUAACUUGGUCACCAACUCCAAGGUGGCGUUGAUAAAGAAACCCUGACAAUGUUCUGUGCUCAGCUGUACCCUCUGUGUAGUUGCCCUUCCCCCCACCUUGGGGGGGAAGGGUAUGGCUACACAGACGCUACUUAGGGAUCCCUGCAAUAUUUCAAUUGGUUUGUCAUGCAAUCGUCUUGUUAACAUUUGCAAUUAGCUGUUGUUUGAGAUCAGUAAAGGCGCGUAAUUGCCACUCAGAUCGAAGAGAAACUGGAACCCAAAUAGGUCAAAUAGGAAACACCAAAAACCACAUCGGAUAUCAAAUCCAAAAACCCAUUAAUACUUUUAGCAAAAACCAAAAACCAAUCGCUAAGAAACAGAAAAUCAGAAAAUAAGAAUUUUAAUUAGGACUUACUGCUGCCUAAGACAAUUCAAAUUGGAAGCUUCUUCCUCCUUGUCAUGGUAGAUAAAGAUAUUUUGAAAAGAUGAACCUCUAUAUGCAAGUGAAUCUUUCAUGUAUCUAUCUUCAAACCUUGGUCUAAGGAGACAGUCCUAUUUUCUAUCAGUGGUAGUCAUGUACAUUAAUUUGGCUAACUUUGUGUAACUACAUUUUGCUGAUUCUUUUGGACAGGAGAAAGCAGAGGAACUCUUGGGAAUGAUGAGAGACACUAUACUCUCUGAUAACUCAUCUGCCAAAACAAGAUGUCUGUUACUGGAAAUGCUUGAGUUCCAUGCAAGACAAGGGAAAAUUUCUUCAAAAGUUGAGGACUAUUUUAGUGAUAAGCUAGCUGAAAUAAUGGCCAAUGAAUUAUAGUAUUAUUUGAAACUUCAGAAAUCUGGCAUAGCAUAAAUACCUUUUGUUUUGGAAUACACAAAUAUGAAAACACAAGAAAUAAAGAUCUUUCACCUUGGGAAAUUGCAUUUCUGUAGGAAGUACAGAGUAUUUAUGUUAAAUUUUUUAUCUUUGUUAAUACAAUGUAUGUAGUUUCUUAGGAAAUAACAUAUGAUCAUUUGUUCACAAGUGUUUCAAAAUCUUAACAGACACUUUACUGCACAUGUGAACCACUUUGUAUCACUGCAUAUGGUAAUAUAUGAUUUUGUGACCAAAACACAGGUUGGUUGGCUCAAGUUAUAACCUUUGUAAGGCCACUUGUGUUCUCUGGAAAUAUAUUUCAGUCACAGUGCCUCUCUCCACGUAAGAACAUGGGGGGGGGGGGCAUCUGUAUGCAAUGGACUAGUAUUCUAUAGAUGGGGAGUACAGUUCGGGACUCAUCUGGCCUAGCCCAAGCUUUUAUUGGGAAAGAACAAUUAUAGAUUACUGUAUAAGGGCCUUACAGAGAAGCACAAAUAGUUCCUCUCCACCCAGCAUAUGACCUAUUGAAAUCAAUUAAGUAAGAAGAAAGAGAGAGGGCUAAAGUUUAUUAUACGAUAAAAUGCUUAAUGGUGG